AUGAAGAAGCCUUUGUAUCUAGCACCAAAAAGACUACAGAGAAUAUUGUUAAGACUGCAAGGAUAUGAUAUUAAUUUGGUAUAUCGAAGUGGUAAGAAUAUGGAGCUAUCUGACACACUGAGUCGAGCAUAUCUUCAGGAAGAAGGUAGAACACCAGUCGAGAUGGAAGUGGAGUCAAUCAGCGUGAUGCACAGUUUACCUGUCGACUCGGCCAGACUGGAUGAUAUUCGGGCGAGUGUAGAGAACAAUAAAAACACAGAAAAUGUUUCUGAAAAUCUCCUGAGCAGCAAUCCAGCAAUCCAACAGAUCAGAAGUGAUGAUGAAACUGCCAGUUCAGAUGUUGAAUUGCCAAUGUCAGAUGACGUGUUUCAAGAGGAAGUAGAAAUGGAAAUAGAAACAGAGACUGAAACAGAGACAGAGGAUGAGGCAAUUCCACAACAUCGAAAGGUUUAUUUUAAUGAUUCCAAUUUGCGGCAAGAGCCAAAGUUCAUCGUCUUCUUUACUCAGUUGCUUGCACUCUUCAACUUUUGUCAUACAUGCAAGCAUGACAAUCCAUUGGUUGAAGUCCAAGAGAAUGGUACAAUGGCAGAGACAACAUCAACCUGUGCAAACCCAAAGUGUGGCAAGACAAACAAGUGGUUUAGUCAACCUAAUAUGCCUGGCACAAAGAUCGCAGCUUGGAAUUUCCUGCUGUCAUUUAGUAUCCUUGUUGGUGGGACAUCAGCCACAAAGGUCUUGCGGGUUUUCAGGCAUAUGGGAUUGAAAUGCAUCUCACUGUCAACCUUCUUCAAACACCAACGUGAAAAGUUAUUCCCUGGAAUCUAUAACCACUGGAAAAAGUAUCAACAGGGGUUGAUUGAAAAAGUGAAGAACCAUGGUGACCUGGUGGUAGCUGGCAAUGGAAGGCACGAUAGCAUGGGCCACAGUGCAAAGUACUGUGCUUAUACAGUAUUUUGCUGUACAGUCCCAUUCAUUAUUCACUUUGCACUUGUGCAGAGAAAUGAAGUGGGCAGCAGUGCUGCAAUGGAGUACCAUGGAUUUGUAAGGAGCAUUGAAUAUCUUCUGGGGUGUGGUUUGAUUAUGAAGACUUUUGUAUCCGAUCGACACACAGCAAUUGCAAAGCACAUGAGGGAAAAGCUGGCCAACCUCAAUCAUUACUUUGACAUUUGGCACUUGAAAAAAGUAACGAAAGUCCUGACAAAACUUGCCAAACUAACUGGCUGUGAGCUGAUCAGCGAGUGGAUCAGACCAUGCACAAAUCAUUUAUUCUGGAGUGCCAGAACAACACAGAAUAGAAAUGGAGAUGUUAUAUGGGCCAAAUUUUCAUCAUUCUUCAGCCAUGUUGUGAAUAAACACAAAAAUUUGAAAAACCCAUUGUUCAACAAGUGUGCUCAUGAGGAUGAGAUUCAACCGCGCAAGUGGUUAGAUGAAGAUUCAGUUGCUUAUGAGAAAAUGGUUGGUGCUCUAACCAAUACUAGGUUGAUGAAUGGCAUUAAAAAGGCAUCUCCUGUUAGUCAGACAAGCUGCCUUGAGGGCUUCCACUCAGUCCUGAAUCAGUUUUCGCCCAAAAUGAUUGGUUAUAGCUAUCCAGGGAUGUUCUGCAGGCAUGCACUUGCGGUUAUUCAUUUUAAUGAAAACCUGAAUAGGAAGAACGGAAUGAAGGAUGGGGUUGACCAAGUACAUGUCAUAUAUCCAAAGUUCAAAAAUGGAGAGGCAGUUGUUCGAGAUGUAAAAGUGGAGCAAACCUUUAAUUAUGUUGAUGAAAUAUACAACACCAUGGCUGAUGCAAUCAUCAACAAGAAUGAGUUAGAGAAAGCAAUGGAAGACAUAAAGAAAGAAACACCCUUGCCAAUGAAUACCAUGCUUGAGAAGCAGCCACGCAAUGAGGCCAUUGAAAAGAAAAAAGCACGAGAAAGCAUGUCGAUUGUGGAUGUGCCACCAACAAAUCCAGUGCCUGUUGUGGCAGCCUCAAGUAAACCUGCUGGCACAAAAACAAGAAAACGGCCUAGGUGCAAAGACUGUAAUCACCUAAUGCAGGGGCACAAAGAUGUCAAAGAUUGCCCCAGAAAUAAAAAAUGA